GCAUGGUGCAUGCCAUGGGUAGAUUGGGCCUGUCACUGGCUGCCGCUGAGUACGUGCGCGAUGUGACGUCGGCCCAGCCCCCUCCUCCCCGCGGCGCCGGCCAGCAGCAGCAGCCUGGGAAAGGGUCCAGCUAGUGGGCGAGCUGCUGCCAUCUCGAGCCACAAGGGCACAUGUCCGCCCGCCCUGCAUGACUCCUGCUAUGUGACUUACACAAAUGGGCCUGAGUAAAUUAGAUGUUCUCUACAGGCGGUUACUCUUGACUAAAUUUUUCAUCCGAGGAUGGGGGAAGCCUGAAGACUUGAAGAAGAUAUUUGAAUUUCGAAAAAUGAUUGGAAACCGAGAAAAAUGCCAGACUCUAGUGCCAAAAGACUACCCAGUGCACAUUGACAAGGUUGAAGAACAAACAGAUUGUAAGAUUCUCGAUGGUCACUUUACCUCUCCCAUGGUUCACUAUGUGCCAGACAUAAUGCCUGCGGAGACAGUGAUAGCACGAUUCCAGUUUAUAGUCCCUAAAGAAUGGAAGAGCAAGUACAGGCCUGUGUGUAUCCAUUUAGCAGGCACUGGUGACCAUUACUACUGGAGGCGGAGAACACUAAUGGCCCGACCUAUGCUGAAAGAAGCUGGCAUGGCUUCCCUGUUACUAGAGAAUCCUUAUUAUGGCUGCAGAAAACCAAAGGACCAGCUGCGGUCAAGCUUAAAGAAUGUCUCUGACUUGUUUGUGAUGGGUGGAGCUCUUGUUCUGGAGUCUGCUGCCCUCUUACACUGGCUGGAGAGAGAAGGAUAUGGACCUCUGGGAAUGACUGGCAUUUCAAUGGGGGGCCACAUGGCAUCAUUGGCCGUAACCAACUGGCCAAAACCAAUUCCAUUAGUCCCAUGUCUGUCCUGGUCAACGGCCUCUGCAGUCUUCACAACAGGUGUUCUAAGCAAAUCUGUUAACUGGAGAGAGCUGGAAAAGCAGUAUUGUACACAGUCAGUCUAUGAGGAUGAAAUCCUGCAUCUUCUUGAGUACUGUGGGAAUGAUUCUUUCAAGAUGGGACAGGAUUUUGUAAAAAAUUCACCAAGAAGCGUGGACAGCCUGACCCACCUAAAGCUUGCCGCUCGUAUCUUACGCUUUAACAGCACCCAGGAAUCAUUGUCUGCAGAUCCUCCUCAAGCUUCACGUAACAAUGACAAUGGAAUAAGUUUCGAAGGUGAAUCAAAAGUGUCAUACAUUGGGCGAGCGAUGUCUGGUGGUAUGAACAGCUGCCUGAAGAGAGAAGUCACAAAGAGAAGUGAAUCUCUGCAGAGGGAAUCAUUCUCAUUUAUGAAAGGAGUCAUGGAUGAAUGUACACAUGUGGGCAACUUCUCAGUUCCAGUGGAUCCAAGCUUAAUAAUAGUUGUGCAAGCCAAAGAGGAUGCCUAUGUCCCCAGAGUUGGUGUACGCAGUCUCCAAGAGAUUUGGCCUGGGUGUGAAAUUCGAUAUCUGGAAGGAGGUCAUGUCAGUGCCUACCUCUUCAAACAAGGGCUUUUCAGGCAAGCAAUCUAUGAUGCCUUUAAUCGUUUUCUUCUUAAGUAUCCAAUGUGAUUUUGUGCAUUUAUAUCAUUCCGUCCUCAUUGGAGACUUGGGACACUGACUGUAUUAAGCACAGUUUAUGGGGCUUAUAUAAAAAAACAUUACAGAUUCUAGUAAGGUGCUGCUCAUCUAGAUGUCUGAAAAGAAGGGAAUAUAUAUAGAUGUUUUUAAUAGCCUCUGUAAUGCAAUGUACGUCCAUGCCCAAGUACAUGUUGUGUUUCUGUAAGAACAUGUGGUGGAUUGCCUUUCUUUGAAGGAUGUGAUCAGAUUUUCCUUGAUUUAUAAAGAUUUUGAACCAGAUUUAGCUAAUCAUUGCUCAACAACUUUUGAUGUAUGAAAUUGUUGAAUGCUUUAUACUUUGCACUUAAUUUUUAUACCUCUUCUUGAACUGCCCCAUGUAUAUAAUUUAAUGAUUAAGAUAAACUGAAAUUUAUUUUCUGCGCACUGUAACGUAAUAACUGAAUGUAAAUGAUUUCCCAUAACUAUACUUUACAGUGUUUUUAUAUCAUAUCUACACAUUUUCUUCCCUGAUCAAUGGAGUGCCUAAACUUGAAUAAAUAAAAAUCCAUUUUAUAUGUG